GUCCGCUCGCCAGUCUGGCAACGCCACGAAAGUCGAGUUGGCAUUUGGGAGAUUUUGCUGCGUUCGGAUCGAGUAAAUUCCAUAGUUAAUUGUUUAAAAACCGAAGACGACUGCUUUAGCAAUUAGCAAACAAGUAAAUGUAUUGUUUAUUCAACUGCCAGAGAACAGUACUACGUGCGUGUAAAUAAGCAAGCGAUUUGUCUCCAACAUGUUGCACAACAAUGCGCCCUGGCUGCCACCGCAUCAGCAGCAGCAGCAACAGGCACCGCAGCAACAUCCAACUCCCCAGCAGCAGCAUGCAUCACCCCAGCAGCAGCAACCUUAUCCUGCCCAGCAGCAGCAGCAGCUCUAUGCCAGCCAAAUGUUUCAGCAACAGCAGCCAAACUACUGGCCCGAGGAUCAGCCGCAACAGCAACAGCAGCAGCCCCAGCAAUCGCUAAACUACAAUAACUACUUUGGUGGACAGCAGCAGCAGCCGGUGCAGCAACAACACCCUUUGCAGCAGCAACAACUGCACCCGCAGCAGCAACAUCCUACGCAGCAGCAACAUACAAUGCAGCAGCAGCUGUAUUAUCCCACUCACCAGCAGACCCAAGUCCCGGCUCCAGCGGAACCCGCUCUGGACUCGUUUGACAACAAUAAUAGCGGAGGAGGUGGUGCCCGGACCGAUGGCUGGGGGGAUUGGGACGAUUGGAACGAUAACAGCAAUAAUAACAACGUCAGCAACAUAAGCAACAGCAACGAGGGCUUGUUGGAGCCAUCGGGACAACAGCUGGGGGAUUCCUUUAACGUGCCGUCCUCGCCAGGUAGUUGGCAAGCCUUUGCCACCGGUAAUAAUGCCAAUAAUAAUGUGGAGCUACCGCCUCCAACGGAUCAGCAGGCACCACCGCCAUUGCAGCAGCAAUCGACAAUAUUGUUGCACCGCCAGCAGCCGCAAUCGCCGCCGGAACUUGGCCAGGAACCAGAACUGGAUGCCAUUGUACCACCUCAGGCUUUUCAAAACCAGCCAGCAGUUGCAGUUUCUGCGGGAGCACCACCACCCGCAUCACUAGCAUCGUUUCCCGCACCAUUGCCUGCUGUGGAAUCACCACUAUUUGCUGUAGGAGCUCCUCCAGCACAUCUCGCAGGGGUAGGAGCACCACCAGCACCAUUGGUUUCCGGGGGAGUACCACCAGCACCCUUGGUUCCCGUGGGAGCACCACCAGCCCCCGUGGUUCCAUUGGGAGCACCACCACCAACGACUACUGCUGGCAUUGCACCACCGGCUGCACUGCCUCCCAGCUUGACUCCAGCGGCUGGCAAUCCCUUCAAACGCUCCACGGGUCUCAGCAAGCGAGUUAACAUCAUGACCAAUUCGGCGGAAGGAGCUCCUUCGCCACCAGCACCCGCUGCACUGGCUCCUGUGGCACCGGUAGCACCAGUAGCACCAAUAGCACCAAUAGCACAACCAGCGGAGCAGCUUUUUGGUUUGCCAGCAGAAGCUCAUGGAGAUGGUUUCAAUUUACUAGCGGCACCACCUGUUGAAGCUUCGUUCGGAGCUCCACUGGGAGUACCUAUUCCAGCACCCAUUCCUGCACCAGCCGCAUCGCUCUAUGCAUCGCCACCACCAGCCCUUCUGCAGCCAGUCGUCCAGAUGUUGGAACCGGACAACCAGGAGGUGCUCUCCGCGCCAAAUGACGAGCGGGCCCAGUACUUGCAGACGAGUCACCUGUCCGAGCAGUUGGGCGAAGGUGAAGCAGAUCAGGAUGCGGGUCUGCUGCCGCCACCGGGCCUAUCGCGUCUGGUUUUGGGCCAACCUGAGUUGGACUCGCAGCAGCAGCGCCAGGUGACUGGAGCCACGGAGCAGCCACCGCUGAAUGUGGCCCAGGCGGCUGCCCUGCACAUGCAGGAGCGUCAGGCGGAUGGCGAGGAUACCUCCGAUGGCGAACAGCAAGUGCGUAAUAUACAGACGCCUCCGCGUCGCGUCGUCACGGGCGUGGAAACCAGCGCCCCCGUCUCGCUGUCCUUGAGAGAACAACGAGAAGUGGUGCUAGAUGGGGAGAACCUGGAGGAUCGCGAGGCUAUUCCGCCACCAGCACUGGCCUUCCCCCAAAUUCCACCAGCAACGGUACCAUACAAUAUGCAUCACAAUGUUCUGCCCGACGAGCCGGAGCAGCUGCAUCACAACAAUCCGCCACAGGCAGUGGCACCAUUAAAUCAACCGCAGCAACUGCCGCAUCUGCAGCAGCAGCAGCAACCCCCGCUGCAGCAGCAGCAUCCAACUCAGCUGGAGAAGAAGCGUGCGGCGGCGGGACGUCGCACCAACGCCUCGCUGGAUUUGGAGUCCGAGGACGAGUCGGAUGAGUUCCUGCAGAGCGAACGGGAGAGGGAUCGCGAGCGUGAGCACCGCGAUCAGAUGGAAGAGAGGCGCGGUCGAGGACGCAGCCAUGGUCAUUAUACCUACGAUGGCGAAACGGAGGACUCUGUACGCGGUGCAGCCCACCACGAGACCAAAUCCCUAAGGGAAACGCAUCACAGACGCAACCACGAGUCCACGCGCUCGCGUCGUCAUCCGGAACCGGAGGCGGAGCGGGAAAGGGAGCGGGAUAGGGAGCGUGAGAGGGACCGGGAUCGCGAGCGGAACUGGCGGCGACGAUCCAACAAGUAUCACAGUGGUGGCGAGGAGCAGGAGCGUUCCUAUGAUCACUCGCGUCGCUACAACAACAGCACCUACGACGGCGAGUCGGAUAACCCGGAGAUUAAUCACCUGGGCGAAGGAGAACUGGACGGUAGCAUUGGUGGCACAGGCGGAACCGCCGGUAGCGGUGGCCGGAGCAGCAAAGUUGAUCGCCAGCGUCGCAGUGCCGCCGAGGAGGAGUUCGACGAUUACGAACGGGAACGCGACCGCAAUCGCCAGUAUUCUAGACGUUCCACCAAGCAGCAAUCAUCGGCUGACAAAUCCCGCUCCUCCGGCGGACGACGGAGCUACGAGAAUCAGGGACGCAGUGGCCGACCAGAAGAUGGCCGUCGACGGAACUUGGACUACUACGAGGAGUACCGCCGCAAGAGCUCACGCAACAGUGACCUCGAGAAGGAUCGCAUCAAUGGUGGGAAUACGAGCGGUGGCGGCGGAGCCGGUGGUUCCGGAUCUGGCAAGCGUCGCAACUACGAUCAAUAUGCGGUGUCCGGUGCCUACGAUCCGUACGGAAUGUACGAGCAAAUGUCACGGAAUCCACAUGCGUACGCCGAUAUGUAUGCCAAGUUCUACGGCCAGAUGAUCAACUCGAUGACGGCCGCUGUUUCGGCGGCUGCUUCGAAAUCCGGAGUUCCGGGUGCCGCUGCAGCGAUUCCCGGAUUGAUGCCCGGAGCGGUACCGGUGACCGCUGCCCAGUUGGCGGCCGCCACGAGCGGAGGAAGUGUCAGCGGGAGCAGUGAGGCCGCCCUGCUCAGGGAAAGAGAAAGGUAUACACACGCAUACAUAACCCAAGCCAAUGAAUUUCAUCGUCACCAAUACAAAGAGCUUCUGUACCAGCAACAACAACAUCAGAGGAUGGAUGAUCACUUGAACUCCAGUUUUACUGCUACAGAGGAUAAUGCCAGUUUUUAUGGAUCGCGAGGAGGAUCCAUCUAUGGCCAGUAUCUUCCACAUCCUUCGCUCUCCAGUGCCCGCUCGCUGAGUAAUUUAAACGGCGAUGGACGCAAUUCCCGAUGCGGACCGUAUUACGCUGGGUCCGAAUGCGGUCUCGAUAUCAGAGCUGCUGCCGAAGCGGCACCUUCGACUUAUGGAGGAGUGGCCACCGCUGGAACGGUGACCACCACCGCGGUGGCUCGUCCGCCACGCAGACGCACUCCUCUACAGUUCAACCGGCCGCAUUUGGUGGCCUCAUAUGCGAUGAGCCUGCUGCUGAAGGUGAAGCCCAAGUACGCCGGACGCGGACGUCUGCGAAACGAUGUGGAGGUGGCACCACCACGCAUCCGGGACGGAACGAGCAGCCUGCUGCGCAUGUAUCCGGGUCCUUUGCAGGGCCGGAAGUUGCACAAGGACAAGAUCAUCAGUUUCUGCAAGGACCAGAUCCGACUGGGACCCACGAAGGGAUGUACCGUGCUGUAUGCCACGCAGAAGAAGCCGCAGGGCAGCGUGACCAAGUACCGUGCCUCACAUGCCCUCAUGUGGCACCUGCUCAUACUGCUGCUGCGUCAGAAUGGGUACAUCGCUGAUACGGAUGUGGGCGAUCUGUUGCUGGAGAAUCAGCAGGAGUAUCCCUACGAUCCCAGCGAAUUCGAAGCCGAGAACGAGCCAGAUGCGGAUGCUGAGCAAAAUGCUUCUGCUCCAGAGGAGAAGCCACAGGAAUCAGAUUUGGAUAGCGAACAGGGAGCAGCAGUUACGACAGAGGAAACACCUACAGCAGAUGCUGCUGCUAACUCAUCCAAUGGAGCGAAUGCAGGAACUGCACCGACAGCUGGAGGAGCAGGAGGACGGACGCCUCUGUCAGAGCAGGAGGCCACGGACAAGUUCCGCAGUUAUGUGCUGCGCGGAAAUGUCGAGGAGGCCCUCCAGUGGGCCACCGACAAUGGCCUGUGGACGCACGCCUUUUUUCUGGCCCUCUACGAGGAUCGAUAUGCUCUCACGGAUGUGGCCCAGAAGUUCCUCAAUCGAGCGAUCAAGGCCAACGAUCCGCUGCAGACGCUCUACCAAAUGAAGAGCUGCCACACGCCGGCGUGCGUUAGCCAGCUGCGGGAUGAGCAGUGGGGCGACUGGCGCUCACAUCUCUCCAUUCUGGUGACGAACAAGAGUCGCCAGCCGGAGUAUGAUCGCAGUUCGGUGGUGGCCCUUGGCGACACGCUAUUCCAGCGUGGCGAUAUCUAUGCAGCACACUUCUGUUAUCUGGUGGCCCAGGAGGAGUUCGGCCGAUACAACAGCUCGGCCACAGAGCUAACUACUCUUACCGCCAAUGUGCCAAGACUUAUUCUACUGGGCUCCUCGCACUACAAGAACUUCAACGAGUUUGCCAGCAACGAGGCCAUUAUCAUGACAGAAAUCUACGAGUACGCUCGGUCGCUGUUCGAUCCCAAGUUUAGCAUCGCCCAUUUCCAGCACUACAAGUUCCUGCUGGCCACACGGAUCCUUGAUUAUGGUCAGCACUUCCGCUGUACCAACUAUCUAGAGCAGAUCGCCAAGCACAUUGAACUGAAGCCAGAGAGCUACGACAGCGAUUUUGUUCAGCGGGUCUGUGGAUUGGCGGAACGCCUGCGCUACCAUGAUCCCAUCCUGAUCAACCGAGUCUCGUUUGCAAGUCCUCCGAACGCCACCAGCAAGGAUAGUGCCGCUCCCGAAGAAAAAGCCUGGUUGCGUCAACUGCGAUCCCUUGCCGAUGUGCAACCCCAGCAGGAGCAGUUGCAACAUCUGCAACAGGAAAAGCAAAUCCAGCAGGAGCAAAACGACAUCGAUCAGCAGUUUGCUGAGGUCAAUAAGCAAUUCAGAGAGCUGAAUAUGCAAUAUGAUGGUGGCAAUCUGGAGAGCACGCUGCAACCGCAACUGCCGCCAGGGGAACAUCAGCCGCAGCAGGAAGUUCUGCCAGAAGCGCACCAACAGCCACCACAACAGUACUAUGAACCGCCACCACCACCACAGGCGCCAGCCGAAUCGGAUCCUUAUGGAUCCCAGGGACAACAGCCUUACUACGAUCCCAAUGCGACUCAGCACCAUCAAUACGAUCCGAAUGCGGCCCACCAUCAAUACGAUCAGCAAUCACAGCAACCAACUCCCACUUACGGCCAAAUAGAGCCUGCAACUGAGGCUUACCAACCAGGACAAGCAGCAGAUCCAGCUGCCGUUGCUCCUGGCUAUGGAUACGAUUACUGGUCGGGCACACAGCAGCCACCUUAUGGCAAUGAGCCGAAUGAGAAUCAAGCUGCGUUAAAGGAUGAGGAGGAGGAGGAUGAGCAGCAGAUAUUGCAGCAAGCGCAGCAGCAACAGAUGCAUCAGGCCAAGCAGCAACAGGAGCAACAUACACGCAGCAAUGGUGCCGCCAGCGGCAACAAUCGUUUUAAAUCGAAUGCUUUGAAGCAGGAGAAAAGCAUCAGUGCAUUGAGAAAAAGACAAGAGACGGCAAGAGCAGCAACAAUUGCAGCAGCAGCAGCAGCGAUUGCCCAAAUAAAACCAGCAACAGUUGCAGUAGCAUCAGCAGCAGCAACGACGACAGCGGCAGCAUCGGCCAAGGCAUUCAAUUUGAAUGAUCUGCAGCAGCAACACGUGCGCCCUGCGAUUUCCAUGCCCAAGUCAAUGAGCUACGGAGAUGAGGACGACGGCGGUGGUUCGGCUCAUCCUGGCCAGAAACCCUCGCUCGGCGGCUCCUCAGAUUCUGCCGGCAAACAGCAGGCGUCGGGCAAACAGUCCAGCUCCGGCGGCGAUCUUGGUGCACCUGGCAAUCAGAAUGCGGGCUGGUUUGGCGGACUCUGGAACAAGCUGUCGCUAAAGCCGAAGAACCAAAUGAUCCUGCCGGACGACAAGAAUCCGACCAUCGUGUGGGACAAGGAGCGCAAAUGCUGGACGAACACCGAGGGCACCGCCGAGGAGGCGGAGAGCUUUAAGCCGCCGCCCAAGAUGAGCGAUCUGGGCAUGGGCAUGCCGCCUGGAGUACCAGCCGCCGCACCAGCGGGCCCACCAGUUGGACUCGGAAUGGGCAUGGGCUUGGGCAUGGGAACAGCGCAACCGCCAAUGGCCACUAACCCACUGGGCGGCAGCCACCAACCAGCACCGCUGAUGGAUCAACAGCAGCCCCCGGCUCAGCCGCAGAUGUAUGGCAGUCCCAUUGAUUACACAGCUGCUCCUGCGCCCGAGAUGAUCCCAACGGUUCCAUCGCCGGCGCCACUUCCUGUCCCAUCACCUGCACCGGUGACAGCGGCGGCUCCGAAUCCCGCGGCCAAUCCCGGAGGACCACAGCCAAAGUUGCAGUCCAACAUUUUUAAGAUGCAACGCAACCGCACGCUGAAGAACUCCUAUGUGGAUGUGUUCAAUCCUUCGGGGGCGCCCAUGUCGGCGGCGUCGGAGAAUGUCCUGGCCCCCAUAAUGGCACCGGCUGCGGUUCCCCAGGGCGGUUACUUUGUCCCCGGAGCGGCGCCCACGCACCAGCAGUAGGGGAUCGGAUGAUUGGGAGCCUCGGGAUCUGCAGAAGCAACCAGAUGUGCUUGGAGGAGGGAUGAGGAGGAUGGGAGGGAUAACGGCUGCCGCAAAUGCCAACGAGAUCAGCACUUCGAAACUACGUAAAAUCUAUUUUUCAACCGGUGACCGCCCACACACGCACACACACUCAGUCAUGCAUAUAAUAUACACGCACACACGAUGUGGCCACUUUCCAGCAGGGGAAAAGAUGGCCCAACGAUUUUUCCAAGCUCCUCUACAGUUUGUUAAUCUUUUGUCUUUCUGUCCUAUCUGUGCGUGUCUACUAAAUUAACUCACCCAACUAAAUUAAACACCUAACUUUACCAAAUUGUGCGCGUGUGUGUGUGUGAGUGGGUGUUCGAUGUCUUAACGUUUAGUGAAUGAUUAAUUGAGGAGAGACGAUGAAGAAAGCGAUUUAUGUACGACUAGCGAAAUAUAUAUGUAAAUUUUCUCUAUGUAAUCUAUAUGAUCCCCCGAUUCCCCACCCACUAUAUCCACGCUCCCGAUUUCUGUUUAUAUACAUGUUUCUUUUGUAUGUUGCAUAGUUUUUAUGAUUAUUUUUUGUUUAGCUGUAUGGAAUAUGUAUUCGAAGGAGGUCAGACAUUAAUUCGGAAUUCACUUUGAUUAUGCAUUGCUGUAUUUUCCACAUCUAAAUACUAUAUAACUGAUCUUUCUGUUCUUAUCUAUAACUACAUAGUUGAUAUUGGAUUGAUAAGCGAUUAAGAAGCAAAUUAAUUGUUCAUCCUGGUUUCCUUUCUCGAUGUAUUCUUCUCUGUGUCUCUUUUUACGAUUGGUGUGAAAAAUGCAAAUGAUUCCACAUAUAUAUAUAUAUAAUAUUAUAAAUGUAUUUUUAGAACAA